CCAACGCAGGAGGCGAAAAAGGACUUAUAGGAUUACUACUAGACUAGAAUAGUGUAGACAGAGAGGCAUCUGAUUCAGCGAGGGUGAAGCUAACGAACACGUGAAGUUGGGAGUUGUUUUCAGUAAGACAAGCCCCUUCACCACGUUGACUUCGCCCAUUUCUUCCGCUUUUCUCCUCUCUCUCUCUCUCUUUCCUAGGGUUUUUCUCUCGAUCAAUGCGCUAACAUUUUUGACACUGACAUUUGCCCUGCCUGCAUCCCCAUUGGGACGCUAUUCUUCUUUGGAUUAGCUUCUUUCCAAUGUCCCCAACAUUUUCAAGAUUUCACUAAUAUCUUGAAGGCCUGGAACAAUGACGAAGAAACUGCCAUCUUAUGCUGAACUGCUUGCUACUAGGGAUUGAAAAACCAAGCUGUUUAACAGUGGAUUCAUAUAAAGACAGUUGCCAACAUAAAGAUUCCUAUAUCUGAGGUUAAGUGAAUUAUGAACCGAACGAACUUCCCAAAGCGAUACUUAAUUGUCAUUUUAACCUUUGUCAGCACAUGCGUUUGUUAUAUAGAACGGGUCGGCUUCUCUAUAGCAUACACAGUUGCAGCUGAUGCUGCUGGGAUCAACCAAUCAAGCAAAGGCACAAUACUUUCCACAUUUUAUUAUGGUUAUGCUUGUUCUCAGGUGCCUGGAGGAUGGGCAGCUCAAAAAAUUGGGGGAAGGAAGGUUCUUCUUCUCUCAUUUGUAUUAUGGUCAUCAACUUGUUUUUUGGUUCCUCUAGAUCCCAAUAGGGUCACAGUCUUGGUUGUUGCUCGUUUGCUUGUUGGUGUGGCACAAGGUUUCAUCUUCCCUUCCAUCCACACUGUCCUAGCACAGUGGGUUCCACCCCAUGAGAGAUCAAGAUCUGUUUCACUUACAACUUCCGGGAUGUACCUAGGUGCAGCUAUGGGAAUGCUUGUCCUUCCAAGCCUGGUGAAGUUCAAAGGUCCGCAGUCUGUAUUCAUUGCAGAAGCAGCAUUAGGUGUUGUGUGGUCUUUGCUUUGGUUUGGGUAUGCAACUGACCCCCCUCGAUCUGAGCAUCCUAAAGCCACUGCAGCUGGUUUUGGAGAAUCUUUGUUGCCAACCAAAGGAAGUCAGAAGAUAAAAGUGGAGAAUGGAGGAAGUACUGUCAGAACUGCCCAAAUCCCAUGGAAGAGAAUUUUAGUAAGCGGGCCAGUUUGGGCAAUUGUGGUAAAUAAUUUCACAUUCCAUUAUGCUCUGUAUGUAUUGAUGAACUGGCUGCCAACAUACUUUGAGCAGGGUCUCCAGCUCAGUCUUCAGGAAAUGGGUUCUUCUAAGAUGAUGCCUUAUUUUAACAUGUUCAUAUUCUCAAAUAUCGGUGGGGUUCUUGCUGACCACUUGAUUACUAAAAGAAUAAUGUCUGUGACUAAAACUAGGAAGUUCUUGAACACUAUAGGGUUCAUAAUUGCUUCUCUUGCAUUGAUGGCACUUCCAAUCUUCAGAACUUCUGGUGGAGCUAUUUUCUGUUCUUCUGUGGCUCUUGGUUUCUUGGCGCUUGGGAGGGCUGGGUUUGCAGUGAAUCAUAUGGAUAUUGCACCCAGAUAUGCAGGAAUUGUUAUGGGCGUAUCUAAUACAGCUGGUACUCUAGCUGGGAUUAUUGGGGUUGAUAUGACUGGACAGCUUCUUGAAGCUGCCAAAGCUGUGUAUUCAGAUCUUUCUAGUCCAGAGAGCUGGAGAGCAGUCUUUUUCAUUCCUGGCUUGCUGUGCAUAUUCAGUUCUUUCAUAUUCUUGCUAUUCUCAACAGGGGAGAGGAUUUUUGACUGAAAUAAGCCACGUACACUUGUACUUUUGAUUGGUACAGUCAUCUGGUCAAGGGUUUCAUAUGCAAAUCUAUCAUGGUGAUUAAUCUGAUAUUUUAAUGCAUGUAAACCCCACCUGGGAAGGAUAUAUUGAAAUUCACAAGACCAUAGAAGGUCAAAAGAAAUCAGCACAGUGCAGUAGCAGUAGCAGAUUUAGAAAAUCAUUUUUUGAUUGUUAAUGCAGGUUUAUUUUUUCCACAUGGAACGAUGACACUUUUGUUACAUGCAUUGACUGAUUUACAUGUAAACAGGGGCCAGACCCUGUUGCCCUGAGAUCCUGCAAUCUUCUUGCUAGUACUCUGUAACUAGAAAAGUUUUUAAUUUGGCCCCUUUGAAAUUGAAUGAGUGUUUCACUUUAUAUUUUAUUAUUGUUCCUAUUAUGUAACUACCAAAGUUUGA